AUGCCAUUGAGUGUUACCGGGAAAGCAAACAUCAUUAUAAACCAACUGUGUGAAGAAAUGAUGCAACAUUGGAUCAACUUGAAGCAGCCAGGUGACAAAGAAACUGUUAUCAAUAUCGCUGCUUGGAUGCGGCACUUUACGGCAGAUUUCAUAGCUGUUUUCACAGCUGAAAAGCGAAUGUCUUUUAUGAAGUACUAUUAUCAAAAGCUAAAGAAUGAACCGCUCACCGAAGAGAUACUCGAUAACGAAAAGUUUAUCGAAAAAAGAAUUGAUCCAUCAUUAAAAAGACCAAUGACUGAUGAUGAAAUUCGUGGCCUCAUGGUUGAUGCGUAUGUUGCCGGUACAGAUACG